CAACUAGUUUGAUAAAUGAUCUUUUUUCUUAAACGUUUCUAGUUCUGAGUUCUAUCGCAUGUUAGAAACUCUCGUUCUUACUCUUACUCUCAUUCUCACACUUACUCCCUCAUCACAUCACAUCACAACUCGCUCAACAUAUCAGAUUGAAAACUGCGAAAACAAUGGAGCACCACCUUCAAGUCACAGAUUCUCGCACGGGGAAGUCCUACACCAUCCCAAUAAAAGGAGAUUAUAUUCGCGCCUCAGACAUUGGCCGAAUUGGUGCUCCUGAGAGUACAGAAGACAUAGCUACCUCUCUAAAGGCUCGCCCAUUACACAUUAUCGACAAUGGAUUUCAACAUACGGCGUGCAUGGAAUCAAGUAUCACUCACAUUGAUGGUCUACGCGGCAUCAUUCGAUACCGUGAUUUUCCCAUUGAGAGUUUAUUCCACGAAUAUGUGUAUGAGGAUAUAAUGCAUCUCAUCAUCUGGGGCAGCAUUCCGACUCAGCAGCAAAAGAACCAUGUCCGAGAAGUUAUGAGUAAUGCUAUGGAACCAUCUCAGACCGUAAAAGAUGUUAUCUCAUCAUUCCCCCGCGACGCUGAAACCUUCCCUAUGAUCCUCGCUGGAAUGAGCGCUUUCGCUGCGAAUGAUAGCGUUAUCUGCAAGACACGUCACCAGCAAAGCGCCAUGUUCCACGGCCACCUCGAAGUGGCCGACGAGGCACUGGUGCGAACCAUUGCGUACCUCGCAGCCACAAUUUCGCUUAUCUAUUGCCACAAGAACGACAAGCAAUGGAACGCACCCGAGACAAACCGGUCUUUGCUCGGGAACCUCCUCCUGAUGAUGGGUAUCACAGAUCCCCAGGUGGAGAAGUGCCUGGCAAAGCUAUGGAUCUUGUACGCGGACCACGAGAUGACCAACUCUACCGCUGCCGUGCUACAUGCCGGAUCGACGCUCAUCGACCCAGUUUCGGCGGUUACGGCCGGCAUCAUCUGCGGAUACGGACCGUUACACGGCGGCGCGAUCGACCUGGCGUACGAGGCGUUCAAGCAGAUCGGCAAGCCGGAACGCGUCCCACCAUUCAUAGAGCGCAUCAAGGCCAAGGGUGGCCGGCUGUUCGGGUACGGGCACCGCGUGUACAAGACGCGGGACCCACGCGUAGCCCUUAUCGAAGAGCUCCUAGAGGAGCACCGGGAAGCCGUUGAUGCUAACCCCCUCCUGCGCGUGGCCAUGGCCAUCGACAAGUACGCCAACCAGGACCCGUACUUCAUCGAGCGAGGACUCAAAGCAAAUGCUGACCUGAUGGGUUGCUUCCUCUAUACGGCCAUGGGUUUUGACACCGAUAUGAUCAUCGCCAUCACCAUCCUCUCUAGGACACCCGGCGCGCUGGCUCACUGGCGCGAGAGCCUGACGCAACCGGUGAAGCUAUGGCGGCCCCAGCAGAAAUACGUAGCGCCACUGGCGAACUAAGGGUUGAUGGCGGCAACAAAAAAUAUGUACAUACGACGUUCACAGCGUAUAGCUUAACAGCCAAAGGCGUAGCAUAAUAGAAUGAAUAGUAAUAACACCACUAGGUUCUCGUAUCUGCAUUAGUUAUUAUCGCUGUUAUUAUAAUUGUUAUUAUAAUAGUAGUAAACGUCGCUGUCUCAAAUAUUAUACUCUUCGAUACGUAAAUUAAACGUAUAGACUUCCAAAACCGCUUCCGGCCACUUUCAAGAUAAAGAAGCCGUCUAAUCGAAUAGGAGGUACCCAACCUAACCUAGGACCUACCUUAGGUACCUAAGCCAGGUAAUAGAUUCCUACGCGUCACUUAGACACCUCAAGCUGAACGUCAAAAGAUCUGGGCGAGGCUUGCGACGAUCGUGGCAGACCCGAGGGCAAAAGUCCCCCU